AGGAAGUGAAACCAGACUGAUUUUGAAGCAUUUCCUGGGAAGUGUCUGAACACAUCCCGACAGAGAAGGUAUUUUGGGUUGAAAGGCUCUUCUGAGAGGGACCCCAUCUACACAGAGUUCCUGCAGCGGAAGGAGGGAGGCUCCAGGAUGCCUUCAGUAGCUGCCUUGGGCAGGGUCGGGCCUGCAAGCAAGGCCAUGGCUGUCCCGUGGCUCCUCUGGCUGUGGUUGCUGGUCCCAGGGACUCAAGGUGCACAAGAUGGGGACAUGAGGCUGGUCAAUGGGGCCACAGCCAACGAGGGACGUGUGGAGAUCUUCUACGGAGACCAGUGGGGGACAGUGUGCGACAACCUCUGGAAUCUGGCAGAUGCCAACGUCGUCUGCCGGGCCCUGGGCUUUGAGAACGCCACAGAGGCGCUAGGCGGAGCUGCCUUUGGGCCAGGGACUGGCCCUGUCAUGCUGGAUGAGGUACAGUGCACGGGGACAGAGCCCUCGCUGGCCAGCUGCAGGUCCCUGGGCUGGAAGAAGAGUUACUGCGGGCACGAAAAGGAUGCGGGUGUAGUCUGCACCAAUGACACCAGAGGAGAAUACACUCUUGACCUCUCUGGGGAGCUCUCCGCAGCCCUCGGCCUGAUCUUCGACAGCCAGCAGGGCUGCGACCUGUCCAUCCAGGUAGUGGGGCAGGAGCAAGAGGAGCUGGCCUUCUGCGCCCACAGCGUGAUCCUGACUGCAAACCCUGAAGCACAGGCCCUGUGGGAGGAGCCGGGCAGCAAGAUCAUCAUGCGUGUGGACAGCGAGUGCAUGUCUGUGGUCAGGGACUUUUUGAGGUACUUCUACUCCCGGAGGAUUGAGGUCUCCUUGGCGUCUGUCAAGUGCCUGCAUAAGCUGGCCUCCGCCUACAGGGCCGUGCAGCUGCAGGACUACUGCGGACGCCUCUUCUCCACCCUCCUCCCCCAGGACCCCUCUUUCCGCACACCCCUGGACCUCUACACCUAUGCACAGGACACAAGUGAUGCCCUGCUGGAGGAGCGGUGUGUGCAGUUCCUGGCCUGGAACUUUGGAGCCUUGACACAGGCUGAGGCCUGGCUGAGCGUCCCCACAGCCCUGCUCCAGGCGCUCCUCCUUAGGGACGAGGUAGCCGUGCCCAGCGAGCUGGCCCUGCUUCAGGCCCUGGAUGCCUGGAUCAGGAAGCAGGGCACCUCCCAGAGGGAGGCCGAGGUCCUGCUGGAGCAGAUCCGCUUCCCCAUGAUGCUGCCCAAGGAGCUCUUCCAGCUGCAGUUCAACCUGUCCCUGUACCAGGACCAUGAGGCUCUGUUCCGGAAAAAGAUACUGCAGGCCCUUGAGUUCCACACAGUGCCCCUGUGGUUGCUGGCCCAGUACCAGGGCCUGAACUUCACUGACGAUAUCUACAAGCCCCGGAUUUACACCUCGGCCACCUGGAGCGCCUUGGUGACAGCCAAUUCUUGGACCCAGCAGCUGAGUUCUAGGAACCAGAGGCGGAAGUAUUCAACUUAUCCAUACUAUUAUGUGAACAAAUCCUCUUAUGGCUACAUGAGCAGCCCCUCCCAGUCCUUCCAGACCCCAGAGCACCCCAGCUUCCUCUUCAAGACGAGGUUGGUCUCCUGGACUCUCGCCUACCUCCCCAACAUGCAGAGCUGCUGGAACUACGGGUUCUCCUGUUCCUCUGACGAGCUCCCAGCCCUAGGCCUCACUAAGUCUAGUUCCUCUGAUUCCACCAUUGGCUAUGAAAACAGAGCCCUAAUGCUCUGCAGAGGUGGCAUUGUGGUGGAUGUCUUGGGCUUUCAAGGCUCAAAGACCUCAAUCCCCAGUGCCCUGGGCACCAACAGCACCAGGGCCCCUUCCACCUUCCCCUGCGCUGCAGGCUCUUUCAGCAGCUUCCGCGUGGCCAUCCGGCCUUUCUACCUGACCAAUGCAACUAGCCUGGACUAGAUGGGGCCAAUCAGAGUCUAGGCCUCUGUGCUGGGGAAGCUCCCCUCCUUUGCUUCCUUUCUCUCUGCAGCUGCCUCCAACACCAGCCACCAGGUGUCUCCCUGCUCCCACUGGUCUCUAUGACCUUAAAGAAAUUACUGGAAGGCCUUGACUAGCACUCACCACAGGUCCAGGGAUUUUCAGUACUCCACUGGGUGCUGAGGUCUCAGUACUCUCACUGCCUGGCUGGCUUCCAGGUGGGGAGGCAAGAAGAUCGCUAUGGGAUUCCCAGGUCCCUGUGCAGCUGCUCCGUCCACUGCUGUCACUUCUCUGAGGCCAUUAAAACUGCACUGUGCUUCCCA